AUGGAUGGACACAUUGAAGAUACAAUAUUUCAAGAUGACAAAGGCCAUCGCCCGGAGAAGCUGAUCGGCGAUGUCGACAUCUGCCGGGUUGACUUCGCAUACCCAGCGCGGCCCGACGUACUCAUCUUUAGUGGUUUCUCCCUCACCAUCGAGGCCGGCAAGUCGACUGCGCUGGUGGGGCAAAGCGGUUCAGGCAAAUCGACCAUCAUCGGACUCAUAGAGCGAUUCUACGACCCGCUCAAGGGGACGGUGAAGAUCGAUGGCAGGGACGCGAAGUCGUACCAUCUCCGGUCGCUGCGGAAACACAUCGGGCUGGUGGGACAAGAGCCGGUGCUGUUCGCCGGGUCGAUCAGAGAGAACAUAGCGUACGGCAUGGAUGGGCCGACGGAGGGCGAGAUCGAAGACGCGGCGAGGACGGCCAACGCGCACGACUUCAUCAGCGGCCUCAACGACGGCUACGACACGUUCUGCGGGGAGCGAGGGGUGCAGCUGUCGGGCGGGCAGAAGCAGCGGAUCGCGAUCGCAAGGGCGGUGCUGAAGAAUCCGGUCAUACUGCUGCUGGACGAGGCGACGAGCGCCCUGGACAGCCAGUCGGAGAAGGUGGUACAGGCAGCGUUGGAGAGGGUGAUGGCGGGGAGGACGAGCGUGGUGGUGGCGCACAGGCUGAGCACCAUUCGCAACUGUGACCUCAUUGCGGUGAUGGAGAAGGGGGUGGUGGUGGAGAAGGGGACGCAUGCCUCGCUGUUGGCCAAGGGGCCCAAAGGAUCCUACUGUAGCUUGGUUAGCCUGCAACAAGGGAACAAGGACGUAUGA